AUGUCAGAAGAGAUAGAUAAUGUUACAGCUGAAGAAAUUACAGACAAGCAUCUCCAAAAAGAUAUUAAUAAAGGUGAAAAAUCUUCAAUGGAGCAGCUCGUUGAGAGCAAAAUAUAUCAAAGGUCCAAGUUGUCUCCACAGACUGAAGUCUCAUUGGAUGAAAGUCUUUCAUUUUUCAUUCUGAGUGGUGAAGAAGGUUCAGCUUUGGGCAAGUCUUCAGAGCAGAGACCAGUAAAAGAUAGUUAUCCCAAAUGCUUUUCACUUGGUGUUAAUUUACAAAAUGUUGCUGAGAGUGAAGAUGAAGAGUUUAUGGAAGAAUUCAUUUUGGCAGAUUUACUCAAAGUAAAAGCUGCUGACUAUGAAGAUGAUCAAGAACAAAUAAAAAAACAGAAGGCAAAUAUUUUUGUACCAAGUAGUUCUCCAGUGGUCAACCAGCGCAAACUGCCAAAAGAUAUGAUGCCACGUAUUUUAGAAGAUGAAGGAUUCUAUAUUCAGAGAAAGCCAGAAAUAUAUAAAAAGACCUGCAACAAAAUGGAAAAUCGCCUGCUUAAACUAGAAGAGGGAAAAUGUUGGUUUGGAGAGACUGGAGAAAUAAUGUCAUUACCUACACCUAUUAAACAGUCAUGGAAUUUCAGACUAAACGUAAGGAAGGAACCUUUAAAUCCGUUACUUAAGACCGUAUACAGGAAGCUGAAAGCACUGACAGAUGCUACUGAAUUGUCAAAUGAAAAUUCAGAAAUAAACCAGCUGACGAGAAAAUCUUUACAAGAUUAUUAUUGGCAAAUAAGGUAG